AUGGCAUAUCGAAACAAACAGCCUCGACAGCUCAACUUCAGUGGGCUAUUAGUCAAACACCGAAUCGACAAUCACAUAUUAGAGAGCCAACCCGGCACCAUCGUCGAGAAUUCCCAUCUCCCCAUCUACCCCCAGCUUGGUGGUGGAGCCACUGCCCACAGCGACACCAGCCUCGGCAACUUUGAGACCAUCGUCGAAGACUAUCCGAACGAGACGCUCGAAACCCAGGGCCAACGCCGCCGUCCCGAGACAGCAGGCCCCUCAGCGAAAACUGACGGCCAAAGAAGCUUGGCUCAUUCGAUCAUCUCCAGACGACCCAAGCCCAAUCCUUUAAAGCAGUUCAGCGUCGACUCGGCUCACUCGUCAAUUCUCCCAUCUCGCUCCGCCGCCGACCCAUCUCUUACACCGUCCCAAUCACCAACCUCACAACGGAUAGCAUUUCUACCGAAGCCCAAGAGAGGCUACAGUGCUGCCACCGUCACAUUCGCCACACCUGAAUCCCAUCGUGACCCCGAAACGAAUGGUCAUUCCCCCAGAGGCCCAAGAUCCAAACUUAGCUAUAGUGAACACGACAGCAAUUACCUCGUCAUCACUCCUACGUCUUUUUCCAGUGAAUGCACUCCUCCUAAAUCCCGCUCUUACUUUGCCAACCAUUCCCCAUCGGCGACUCCGACUUCCGCCAGAAGAACUUCACUCUACUCGCUUUCACCUCAAAAACACUGUCAAGAAACUUCCUCAACAGACCCAGACAUAGCCACCUCUCCUACCUCAUACACCACUCAACGUGCCAAUUCCUCAGCCAGUUACGGUCUACAGCUUGACUAUUCCGUCGCAUCAGCAUCAACAGACCUGAGAGCUCCAACGGGUUCUACUUCUUCACUCUCACUCUCCUCCCUGUCCCGCACCUCGACAGAUCACCAUCUAAACCUCGUCUCCCCAGCAUUAGCUAGUCCUUGGCCUGUCCCCCCCUCAUCCGCACACUCAACUUCCCCCUUUCCAUCCGGUUGGCCUAGAAAAUCAGCCACUUAUUAUCCGCUCCGUACUUGGUCUAACGCUCCUAGGCCAGACCCCUCUCUCCUUGCGUCCGCACGAAACCCCUCUUCGGCUCUUGCCUACCUCGAUCUCUCUUCGGCGCCAAUGCCUCUGACAACGGAACAUUCCAUUGUUCUACAAAGUCCCAGCUUAGCAGCCAAUAGUCUUUCUGCUUCCGAUGGGGAUCCGUUGACUCCAAGCAAACAUGUUGGUUCGACUGGUUAUGAUUCCAUUUCACGUCGCACUCGCCCGGCAAGCUUGAUGAGUCACACAAGCACUGCUAGCAGAGAUACUCUCUACGAAGAUGCACCCGAUAAGGCAGAAUGGAUGGACAUUGACAGCGGAGAUGCUUAUGAUGAUCUUGCAAAGACGGAGGACACCGUUAGGAAGAUUAGUCAACGGUUAUCCAUGUUGAAUGGAAUAGACGCAGUCACUCUUGCUGCUGAGGCUAAAUCUCGAUAUCAUGCCAAGUCCGAAAACGGAAGAUCUCAAGACUCAACCACUGGCAUCCGGACAAGCCUGUCCUCGGUCAACUAUCUCCUGCGCUGUACUUCUCCUCAAUUUACUGAUCAACAUCCUAACCCUUCAAAUCGGGAUUCUUACGAAAGCUCGAAGACUGCGUCCUCAUCAAAAUCCCAUUUUGACUUUGAUGGUAAUUCAUCUCGCUCCAGUAUUGGCAUGGAUCGGCUUUCUUUGGGCGGCGUCCCACUCUUUACUCGCGCCAGCCUCUCUCGUGACGACAAGGAGGAAGAGAGACCAGGCUCCAGGAAAGAACAGCUGCGGCGAGUCGAUGACGAAGAGUUGGAACCGAUUCCGGAAGCGCCGGACUUGGAAUCGGAUGCGGCCUAUGGGAUCAGAAUCACGCGCUCUCCAACCAGCAUGAGCGGAAGUUACAGGCGGCGUCUCAAGCCACUCAUCUUACGAUCUACUCCCUCCAACACUAUCAGUUCUAGAACGCGGACUUAUAUCCACGACUCGUCUGUGAGAAACUCACAAUCAUCAGGAUCUGCAAGUCCGCCCCAACCCAGCUAUGAGACAAAUUCUUCUCUUGCUACGAAUAGCGACCCUUGGGACUCCAGCCAGAAAAGUACUGACGACGUUACGUUGAAGGACCCAGACGGAACAAUGGGUGGACAGUCUGUCCCGGAAUCUCAAGAGCCGGCUCCGUCACAACGAUCAGAUCAGCAGAGUGAUCAUGUUGUUGAGAAUCUGAAUGUUCCUAUACAAUCCAAUGAUGCUUCGCAGGAAUCAAUUAUUGCAAACCCAGCCACCAAGCCUCCAAUUUCUGGAGCUGUGAAACAAACAACGGGACAAGACAAAAUUGAUGAGAUCCCUGUCAUCCAAGUGUUGAAGCCGAGGUCGGGCACGUUCGGGAUGGGUUCUAGUAACACUAACUUGAUGGUGCAGAACCAACCAUCUGCCACGAUGGGCAAAGAAUCUUUGGUAACACUGACUAUCGAUGAAGUUCCACGAAUACCAACCGAAACCCAGCAGAAUAUGCCUCACGUGGAACAUGCUAAGGUCUACUCGGACAAUUCAUUCGCUCCCAAAAAUUCGUUCAAGAGCCUCAGUCCCAUCAAAACCCAGAUGCUUCCGUCCGCUCGGAGACGUGUUAGCUCACACAAUUCCAUUCAGACAGGUACUUGUGAAGACAUUACGCUAGUCAGCGCACCAGGCAAGGAACAUUUCCCGUCGAGCACUGCCACCAGCCAUCGAAAGCGAUGCCUCUCGAGCCUUUGCAUGCCGAAGUCCUCCCCGCGAAGUGCAGACAGGGGCAUAUCUGCGGCCUCGUAUUCCGCGGCCAAACUAGCCGAAAGGAAGAGCUCGCACUCGACAACCUCUUCCGGUCCGAAGACGCCCGACACAAUCAUCAUUACCGGCCCGCCGGCCCCGAACCAGGUGUCGACGGAGGAGCCCAGUGCCCAAUCAAGCAGUGCCGAGCAGGUUCAACAGUUCUCAGGUCUCGCCGCAGCCAAGCUUGACCCGCCUGCCCGGAAAAGCAGACUGUUCUUGUCCCUUACUCGCAUGCAGGCCCGGGACGCCAAGCUGCUCGACCUCACCGGUAUCAACAGCCAUCAGGCUCACUCCUCCGAAGAUUGCAGGUCCCUCAACGAAGCCCAGGAGCAAGCCAGACUUGUCCAGGGAAAACUCAAGCGGAUCUCGAGGCCCACGCUCCUACAUGGAGAAGACGAACGCGUGGCCCUCUGGGGAAUGAUUUCGAAUGGCAAACUCUCACCUAAUUCUCACAAAUAG